UCCAGCAGAUUCCCUGGAUUCCAUCUUCUCUUCCUCCGUCCAGCAGAGGUGGCCAAAUCAGAGAAGAUUUGAUGGAGCUCAUGAUGAUUCAAAAUGCCCAGAUGCACCAGGUGAUCAUGAACAACUUAGCCAUGUCAGCAGUGGCCUCCUUUGGGCUCUGCUCGCCCCAAUCUGCUGCCCCGGUCACCCAUCUCCCUUGGCAGGUAGAAGAUGACGAAGACGAUGACCCAGAACCCCUAGUUUUCCAUCACCAUUACACUCCCUACCCUAACACUGUGCCCCCCACAGCGUGGCAGCCCCAGUCUCAGCCAUCGGCUUGGCCUCAGCCAACUAUUCGCCACGUGGGCCCAGAUCCUCAGCCUGCAGCAAGACUGGAUGACCAAGUGGUCCCUCCACCCCCGCCACCAAGUGCAACUGGAACGGUGACGGCUGAUGUCCCACCAGCCUCAGAAUACUACGACUUCACCCAGGGACGGUUUUGACAGCAGCUUCCCUCGAGCCUUGA